UUGCGCUGGAGGCACGCCCAUGCGGAUAGUCGCCCGAGCUCACGCGUGCUAUCGCCUUCUUUGCAGAGGCUGCUACUGAUGAGGCGGCUCAACGGCGGUCUGAGGCUAUGGAGGCCCUGACGCGCAUCGAGAUUGCCUUUGCCGCGCUGCGUGACCGGCUGUACGUCGAGCGCAUGGCAGAGGUGAACCGGGAGAGCGAGAUGAUCCUCGAUGGCACGCACCCGGAGCUCAUCCACCUCACCAAGCUCAUCGAGGCACGGCGAGAGCGGCGCGUGCGGCUCGGAAGCGCGUGGUUCGAGCACCAGCAGCGCCAGUACGAGCGUGUGGGCAAGGCGGAGGAGGCUAUGGAGUGGAGUGCCUGGCGCAACGAUGCCGCGUCGCUGCGACGCACGCAGAUGGACGACGUCUCGCGCAAGCGGCGACAGCUGGAGCGCGAGAAGCGAGUGCUAGAUGCCCCGCGGCCCGCGCGUCGCUACCAGCUCUUCCAGACGGAGCUGGUGCGCAAUCCCGACUGGCGCGCACCCUCGCCGCCCGCCAAUGCUGCAGCUGGCGGCUCGAGCAGACGCAAGCGGAGAGCGGCCGAGGCCGCGCCGGAGGAGCCGGAACGCGAGAUUGGAGCGUAUGUCGCUUUCCCGGAUCUGAGGGGGCUCGAGGAACAGGAGGCGUGGCUGGACAUGGAGCACAUGGGCAUUCGGCCAGACUUGCGUCUGGGCAUGCAUGGCUACCGCGGCGAGGAGCUGGCGCCGCCUCCGGGUCUCUACGGCGCCCAAGCAGGCGCCUCGGGCAUGUACGAAGGCAGUGCGCCGGGCGCCUAUCUGCCGCCGGGCUACGACGGACCGCACGCCGGCGAGCUCUACGCCCACGAGUAUGCGCAGCUUCGGCAGCAUGAGCUGCUGAUGCAGCAACAGCAGCAGCAGCAACAGCAACAUCUGGAGCAGCUGGCACAGCAGCAUGCUCGCUAUGCAGAGCAUCCGGCCUCGUAUGGAGCUGCCGCUAUGCCGCCGCAGGGAGAGAUGCCGCAGGCGGCAUUUGCUGCACCGAUGCCGCCGAGCAAAAGCAGUGCAGUCGGCGCCAAGGCACCGAACGCUGCGCCGCCGAAGGGCGCACGAGUGCCGGCGCCUCCGACCGCUGCGGGCGCCCAAGCACCAGCACGACCUGCAGGAGGCACAGUGAAGAACAAGCCGCCGCCGCCACCGCCACCUUCGCAUGCUGCACCACAGCGUCCAAGUGUGCCGCCGUUGCCUGCUGCGCGAUGAAGCCGCCUUUCGCGUCGUCUUUCUGCCCCCUUCACUCCAUCCUCUGGCGCGUCUCAUCACU